GCAGAAGAGUGCGCAGGAGUCAAUUUUCUAGUUUUUUUUGAUCUGCAACUGUAGACGCGAGCUCUCGUUCUUUUCGACGUUUACGUCUGUCUGCGAAUUGGCCUAAGAUUAAACAUGGCACCACGCAAAGAGAAGAAAGUUAAAGAAGAGGUUCAAGUUUCACUUGGACCCCAGGUUCGUGAAGGCGAAAAUGUAUUCGGCAUUGCCCACAUCUUUGCUUCCUUCAACGACACAUUCGUUCAUGUCACUGACAUCUCUGGAAAGGAAACAUAUGUGCGUGUCACUGGUGGUAUGAAAGUGAAGGCUGAUCGUGAUGAGGCUUCACCCUACGCCGCUAUGUUGGCUGCUCAAGAUGUUGCUGAAAAAUGCAAGUCUUUGGGCAUCAUGGCUCUGCACAUCAAACUGAGGGCAACCGGUGGAAACCGAACCAAGACCCCAGGUCCUGGAGCUCAAUCAGCCCUGAGAGCUCUUGCUCGUUCAGGAAUGAAGAUUGGCAGGAUCGAGGAUGUUACCCCAAUCCCAUCAGACUCGACCCGCAGGAAGGGAGGUCGUCGUGGUCGUCGUUUGUAGAUUAUACGUAUAUUUAAGCUCAAUAUUUUUAUGAUAAUA